CGUCCCUAGUGCGCAUGCGCCACUCGCCAACCCUCCCUCAGCGCUGGCGGCGGCGGCGAAGAAGGAGUUUGGGAGUUCAAAAUGGCCGCCCCGACGUUGGUGGAGUUGGCAAUGCGGGGACACGGAAUUGAAGAAGCUGAUAUAUCGGAGCGAAGUGCAAAUGAAGAAAAUGGAGAUAUUUCAGAAGCAGACCAACCACAAAUUAAACAUAGUCGACAUAAAAAAAAGAAACACAAACAUCGAGGCAAACAUAAGAAACACAAACAUUCUUCAGAAGAAGAUAAGGACAAAAAGCAUAAACAUAGGCACAAACAUAAGAAACAUAAACGAAAGGAGGUGGCUGAUAUCUCUGAUAAAGAAGAUGGGCCCGCAAAAAGAACUAAAAUUGACUUCUUAGCUCCUCUAGAAGAUUUAGAGAAACAAAGAGCAUUACUAAAAGCUGAACUUGAAAAUGAGCUAAUGGAAGGAAAGGUUCAAUCUGGAAUGGGAUUAAUAUUACAAGGAUAUGAGUCAGGUUCAGAAGAAGAAGGAGAAAUCAAUGAUAAGGGGAGAAAUGGAACUAGAUCUGCAAAUAAAUCGUCAAAUGUUAAGGGAAAGCUUGAGAUUGUAGACAAUAAAAGUUCAAAGAAACGCAGUAAGAGCAGAUCAAAAGAACGGACUCGGCACAGGGCUGAUAAAAAGAAAAGCAAGUCAGGAGUUGAUGGUAUAAAAGAGAAAGUUACUAGAAGUAAAUCCAAAGAAAGAAAAAAAUCUAAAAGCCCAUCUAAAAGAACAAAGUCUCAAGAUCAAAUAGGAAAGUCAAAAUCUCCAACCCUUAAAGGGCGCUCUCAAGAAAAAAAUAGGAAGUCACGGUCUCCUCCUGAAGAUAAAACUAAAGCAGAAGAUAAGAUCAAAUCAAGAGAUCGUAAAAAAUCUCCGGUUAUUAAUGAAAAUAAAAUUAGAGAUCGUAGCAAAAGAUCCAGAUCUCCCAUAGAACAAAGAAGCAAAUCCAAAGAUAGACAAUCAAGAUCGAAAGAUCGAAAAUCCAGGAGAUCUGAGACCGAAAAAGAAAAGAAGCUCAUCAAAUCACCUUCAAAAGAUAUGUCAUCAGGGAAAGAAAACCGGUCUCCCAGUAAAAGACCUGGUCGUAGUCCUAAAGGAAGAAGUUUAUCCCCAAAACUACGAGAUAAACUAAGACGCAGCAGAUCACCCCUGCUUAAUGAUCGCAGAUCUAAACAGAGUAAAUCACCAUCUCGCAAUCGAUCUCCUGGUAGGAGAGCAAAGAGCAGAUCAGCAGAUAGAAAAAGAAGAGAAUCAGAAAGGAGACGUUUUUCUUCUCCCAGAACACGAACUAGAGAUGACAUCCUCUCAAGAAGGGAGCGAUCAAAAGAUGCCAGUCCACCUAGAUGGUCUCCUUCAAGAAGAAGAUCCAGGUCUCCAAUUCGACGAAGAUCUCGCUCUCUACUUCGACAUAGCCGAUCUCCAAGAAGGAGAAGUAGAUCUCCUCGGAGGAGAGACAGGGGUAGGCGUAGUAGAUCUCGUUUGAGAAGGCGAUCCAGAUCACGAGGUGGCCGUAGACGACGGAGCAGGAGCAAAAUAGAAGAUAAAUUUAAGGGAAGCCUUUCCGAAGGAAUGAAGAUUGAGCAAGAAUCUUCAUCUGAUGAAAACCUUGAAGACUUCGAUGUUGAAGAAGAAGAUGAGGAAGCUCUAAUUGAGCAAAGAAGAUUACAGAGGCAAGCAAUUGUGCAGAAAUAUAAGUACUUAACAGAGGAUAGUAACAUGUCAGCGCCAUCUGAACCAAGCAGUCCUCAAAGCAGCACUCGCAGUCGUUCCAACUCACCAGAAGGCAUUCUUGAACGAGUCGCAGCUGAUGUUAAAGAGUAUGAACGAGAAAAUGUGGACACUUUUGAAGCCUCAGUGAAAGCAAAACACAACCUCAUGGCAGUUGAACAAAAUAAUGGUUCAUCUCAGAAGAAAAUCACAGCUCCUGAUAUGUUUACAGAAUCAGAUGAUAUGUUUGCUGCAUAUUUUGACAGUGCACGUCUAAGAGCUGCUGGCUUUGGAAAAGAUUUCAAAGAAAAUCCAAAUCUCAGGGAUAACUGGACGGAUGCUGAAGGAUAUUACCGUGUUAACAUAGGUGAAGUGCUAGAUAAACGUUACAACGUGUAUGGUUACACUGGCCAAGGAGUUUUCAGUAAUGUGGUUAGAGCCAGAGAUAUGGCGAGAGCAAACCAAGAGGUGGCUGUGAAGAUCAUUAGAAACAAUGAACUUAUGCAAAAAACUGGUUUAAAAGAACUGGAAUUCUUGAAGAAACUCAAUGAUGCAGACCCUGAUGACAAAUUUCAUUGUCUACGUUUGUUCCGACAUUUUUACCAUAAGCAGCACCUUUGUCUAGUAUUUGAACCUCUGAGUAUGAAUUUACGAGAAGUUCUAAAGAAAUAUGGAAAAGAUGUUGGUCUCCAUAUAAAAGCUGUGCGAUCCUAUAGUCAGCAGUUAUUCCUGGCCUUGAAACUUCUGAAAAGAUGCAACAUUUUACAUGCUGAUAUCAAACCAGAUAACAUUUUGGUGAACGAAUCAAAAACCAUUUUAAAACUUUGUGAUUUUGGAUCAGCUUCACAUGUUGCUGACAAUGAUAUCACACCGUAUCUUGUUAGUCGAUUUUACCGUGCUCCUGAAAUCAUUAUAGGCAAAAUCUAUGACUACGGUAUAGAUAUGUGGUCUGUAGGCUGUACAUUGUAUGAACUUUACACUGGGAAAAUAUUAUUUGCUGGGAAAACCAAUAAUCAUAUGUUGAAACUUGCUAUGGACCUCAAAGGAAAGAUGCCAAACAAGAUGAUCCGAAAAGGAGUGUUCAAAGAUCAGCACUUCGAUCAAAACCUCAACUUUAUGUACAUAGAGGUAGAUAAAGUAACAGAAAGGGAAAAAGUGACUGUGAUGAGCACCAUUAAUCCAACGAAGGACCUGCUUGCAGAUUUAAUUGGGUGCCAACGCCUCCCCGAAGAUCAGCGCAAAAAGGUUCACCAGUUGAAGGACUUGUUGGACCAGAUCCUCAUGUUAGACCCGGCUAAGCGGAUUAGUAUCAACCAGGCCCUACAGCAUGCCUUCAUCCAGGAGAAAAUUUAAAUCCAGUGAAGAUAUUCAAAGGGUUUGAAUAGUUAAUAUACAAAGACUGAUGAAGUUUCACUGCAAUUUAUAAAUGUACAUAUAACAUAUAAAUAAUUCCCCUGCAAAAUUGAGGAAGAAUGAUAUAUUUCAAUUAACACAAAGGUGGAUUAUUUCUUUUAGAAAUGUUAGAGUAAAUCUGUUUGUCUCUCGUGAAGAUUUUUUCCACUGUAGAAUUAUUUUAAUUGCCAAGACUGCACAGGAGUACAGUGCUAAAAAUAUAUAUGGUUGCAGGUCCUCUCAAAUAAUACACACAUGCGCACAUGGACUAUAUAUAUAUAUAUAUAUAUAUAUAAAAUCUGUGAUGAAAUAUCAGUAAGACUGGGUGGUGAUUUUGGUUUUUAGCAAAUUUGGCUUCAUUUUUGUCUCUGAAAAAUGGCCAGCAUAAAUGCUGUUUAUAUUACAUUUUCCUAGGUGUGUGCGUGCAGGCCACAGCAGCAUGCCCUUGGUGUAGUCAGUGCCGAAGGGGGUCUGUUCCUUCUUGAGCCUGCCCACAGGGAUGGUCUCCUCUUUUAAAGCAGGUUGCGUACAACUUUCAGUACACUGAAGGUAAGCUGAACCAUCAACAUCACUGGUGUUUAAGAUGUUAAUUGUACUGGAUCAACUGACAAACGAGAAUCGGUCACUGUAGCAGAAUUCCCUGCAUGUUUUAUAAAGGAGAUUACCUAUAUAUAAAUAUAUAUAAAUAUCUAUAUAUAUAUAUCUAUAUAUAUAUAUUAUUUUCUGGCAUUACAACUGUGGCAUAAUUCCAGCUUGUGUUUGAUCAUCACAUUCAAAGGAGAAAAAAGUGGAGGAGUGUGCACUUGAUGGAGAGAGCGCCUUCAGUGUACUGUUUAUAUUACUUUUUUUAAAAUAUCAACUUGCUACAUAAGACUUUAUACUUUUUGUUAAAUACAGUUCACGAUGGCAUAAAACCAGUACUUGUCAUUUUCAUUUACUAACAACAAAUGCUAAGCUCUGGUUCCAAAAGUCCUUAUCUCCUCUUGGCCAGAUAGAAAAGCACCACAAAUUUUUUUUUAGCUAUUUGUAUGUCAUUUGAAAAUGUACUGCUUUAUGCUAAAGGUGUUUUCAUUUGUUCAUUGUUUUCAUUAUUUGUGAUCAUGUUGUCUUUCAAUACAGGCAUAAAACCUUCCACUCUUGAACAAAGCAGCUGCUUUUUAAAAGCGGUAAUUGCUUCUUUACCUUUUAUUUCUUUUGUAAAUGAAACUUUAAGAAAUGUGACUUUAAAGUGUUGUCUCUUGCAUAAAAUAGUUGACAUUCACUUAUUGUAAAGUGAAGAUUGUUCUGCUGCAUGUAAAGUGGACCAUGCAGAUUUCUGUAUGUUUUCGGUAUGCAUCAUUAGAUAAUAAAGUCUUUUGUGAACAAGGCAUUGGUAGCCCUUUUUAAAGCAUUUUUGUCUCCGGCGUUGCCGACUCAGGUAAAGCAUAAGAAGAACUUUCCUUUUUAAGAGACCUGUAAUUAAAACAAUUGCUAAAAGAGGCGAUCCCCUUUUAGACUAUUAAUUAUUGACAAUUCAAUGUAAAUAUUGUCCCAAGCUCCCUGCAGAUAAUUGUCUGCUUUCAUUGUUAAGAAAUUUAUUCCUGUAGGUUAUUGAAUUAGAUGCAGGUUUUAACUAAUGUUUGUGCUGUUUUUCUUACUUUUCCUUUUUGAUGGUGCUGAGAGAGACAAAGGAAAGCAAGUCACAGGCCACUCAACGCCUACUCCAGGGGGUCUGGUUUGCUGAGACACCAUCUUCACCUUCCUAACAAGGUUAUUUCUGACAGCAUGUGUAGAUAAACAUUUAGCAACGACUUUAAAAAUAGUUUGUUCAUCAUGAGGAUACCCAACUGAAUCAAUUGUUUGCCAGCCCAAUAUUUUUUUAUUAAAAGCAGUUCAUAAAGCAGAUGAUUCGUGUAUGUUGCCUAGCUAAAACUUAGAUGAUUUAUACUAUUCCGAAGUUUAUAAGGAUUUUUAAAACCCAUAAAGGAAUGUACUUAAAGAGAAAUCAUAUUUAGUGCAGCCAAACCUAUUGUUUACUGUUGGGAUGCUUCCUAGGAGCUGUUCCCUACUAGAAUGGAAUAAUAAGCUACAACAAUAGUUGAUAAUGUCUAUUUUGAACCUCUACGCUGUCUCUCUAAAGUUACUUAAAUAGUAGUAAAUGUGAUUGUCAACUUAUUUAAAAUGUUUCUUGUUUGUGCAGGAAACAGAAAGCAACUUCACUGAAAGGAAGAUGUAUAUUACUUGAUAGUCUUUUGCACACACAGUAAAGGGGCAUGCUGUUUUGACAGUGCUAUCAGCCUCCCUUGCACAUCUAAUGGCAAUAUGACAUGUCAUAAAAUGUGAUGGCCUUCACCAUUUGUUCGUGUCCCUGCUUCCAAAUAAUAAAAGACAGUUGUCAUGACAAUUCCAGUAGCAGCUACAACCUCUCCCCCUCCCUCCCUUACUUCACUUAUGGCUACAAAAAUUUUUAAACUUUCCUAAGAAAAAACAAAAGUUGCUUGUUUACUUAUUCUUUGUGUUGUAGGUGCCGUUCAAAUGAAGAUGAUGGCAACCAGAAGACAUGAACAAAGGUUUCUGUUCUCUAAAAGAUAUGCAAAACAUUCUUAUGUCUUUUUUUUUUUAAAGAAAAAUAUUCUUUUGUUCACAGCUCACAGAUAUAGACUUCAUUUACACUUUCUCAUGCCGGCAGUUCUUAGCAUAGUACUCUUGUGGUGAUGUUUUUUUGGUUUUGGUUUUCUUUAUAAAAAUAUGUUUGCUUCAUUUCUGGAUGAUGAGAUUUUUAUUGUAGUAAAACGGAGAUAGGCAACUGAUUAUAUUUUAAAUCCAUUAAUAGAGCCUCCAUGCAUAUCUUCAAAGUAUAAUCAAAUGCUGUUAUAGGAUUGCCGACAUAACUGCUUAAGACUUUAUAACAGUACAGUCAUAGAGGUAAUAUAUUAAAGUAUAUUUGGGCUGCCAACUAUUCAUACUCUGUGACACUCUGUUAAAGUGACAUAAAUUAUUCAGGCCUUCUGCUUUGUUUUAAGCAACAGAGUUAUGUGAAUCUGGAUGUCGGUAUAAAAGGACCCGUUUGGAUUCUGGUUUUGUUAAACUCUGCAAUCUAAUCCAAUCCAUACUGUACUGGUAGUUUACUUUUUGCCUUAUCCAGCAAUCCUAUUAGAUGUUAUGAACAUGGAGGCCAAUCUAAGUUUAACAAAAGAUCCUCAAAGGGAGGUUAUGAAGCAGCAUAAGUGAUGCUUAAAAUUCCUAACUUCUGUAACAGUAUUUCAGAGUUAGGGAUAUAUUUUAAGUACCUUAUGCUUUAUUCUGUUCAUUGGUGUUUUGUGCUACUGCAUAGAUUGUUAUUAACACAAAAAAAUGCUUAGGAACAAUUUUGGUAAAUAAUAUUGAAUUCUCUGCUAAUAAUAUGUUUCCCUUUCUAUAUAGGGUAAGUGGAAAAUUUGUGACAGAAAUUAACAUGGCUUGAUGUGAGCUCAAGAAGCUGAACCAGCCUGAAAAUUCAGGAUGAUGUCUUUGCCACUGAAAUUGACAAGCUGUAACACAAAGUUUUGAAUCGGCACGAAACAGAAAUUUUCUUUAAUAAAGCUUCAUUUUCUAUUUUUAA